AUGAUGUCCUCGACCAACGAGGAGGAUCCCUUCCUCCAGGUCCAGCAAGACGUCCUCUCCCAACUCUCCUCCACCCGACAACUCUUCACAUCCUACCUACGCAUCCGAUCCCUCGCAGGCGGCUCGUCGCCCGAACUCAAAUCAGCCCUCCAAGACCUCGAAUCCGCGCUCGAGUCGCUAGGCGAAGAUGUAGCCGACCUCUCCGACGCCGUCUCCGCGGCCGAGUCCUCGCCGGAUCGCUUCGGCCUAAGCGAAGCCGAGGUGCGCAAGCGGCGGCGGGCGGUGCAGGAAGUGCGCGGCGAGAUUGACGACAUGCGCGAGGAGAUGGCCAAGGGACCGGGCGCCGGCGCCGGCGCUGGCGGCAAGGCGAGGGCCAAGGCGCACGCGGGCGGCGACGACCUGCCGGAUCCCAGCCAGUUCGCGCUGGGUGACGAAGGGGAGGACCACGACGGCGGCGACGACGACCACUACGCCGAGUUCGAGCAGAGGCAGCAGCUGCACAUGCUCCGCGAGCAGGACACGCACCUGGACGGCGUGUUCCAGACGGUGGGCAACCUAAGGCGGCAGGCGGACGACAUGGGCCGCGAGCUCGAGGAGCAGAGCGGCAUGCUCGACGUGGUGGACGAGAUGGCGGAUCGGGUGGGCGGGCGCCUUCAGAUGGGCAUGCAGAAGCUGCAGUACGUGAUGCGCAAAAAUGAGGACAGUCUGAGUAGCUGCUGCAUCGCCGUCCUCAUUUUUGUGCUUAUCCUGCUUCUCAUCCUGCUCAUUGUGCUCUAG